AUGGGUGGAGGUGAGGUGCUCUAUGAGGACGAGGCUGCUCCAGCUGACAAGCAGUACAAACAGGAGGCAGCCCAGGUCACUUACUCAACAUCAGCUGUUUCCAGCACACAGGAGGUGUUGUACAUCAAUGGCAACGGGACCUACAGUUACCAUAGUUACAGAGGGCUCGGAGGUGGGCUGCUAAAUCUCAACGAUGCUUCUAGCAGUGAUCUGCAGCCUACCUCCACCACAGCCACAACUCAGCACUGCAUCCCAGGCACCACAAACGUCCAGUCCCCUUCCAGCUCAGGUCCAACAGAUCUCAGUAUGAAGAGGCAGUUAGCCAGCAGCUCUGGAUCCUCCAGCAGCUCGAGCUCUAGGCCCCAGCUGAGCCCCACGGAGAUCAACGCGGUGCGGCAGCUGGUGGCCGGGUACCGGGAAUCCGCCGCCUUCUUACUGCGCUCUGCAGACGAACUGGAAAACCUCAUUCUGCAGCAGAACUGAGUCCCGGGCCCCUCCCACCGGCCUGCUCUGCCCCCAGAGUCUCCACUAAUGGCAUUGUGAUUUCCCAGAGCACACGCUUCGGUUCCUGCACAGCCCCGUAGGAGAGCUGGUUACCAUAACGCCACGCUGUUCUCGAUCCAUAAAGUGAUGUGUUCAGGUGCUUCAAAGUGAACUUCGGCCUCUGGUAUUUCUGAGGUACUUUACUGUGUCCAGCCU